CAGCAGGAAAUUCUGAAUAAUAGCCUUUGGCCAGUCAUGGAAUGACUAUUUAGUAUYAACAAAUUUUGAUAUUUAACGGACUGGACAUUCAAGACUUACGCGGUCAAAAAAUGCACUUGUAAACUCCAAAUACGGUUAAAACUCAGGCAUACUACGACAGACGCAAAUAAUGUCCUGUACUUCCGGUGGACUACUUAGUGAACGAGUGGUCAUCAACGUUAGCGGAGAACGUUAUGAAACUCUUGAGUCGACACUCUCUCGGUACCCGGAGACGCUUCUUGGUUGUCCUUCAAAACGCUCGGCAUACUUCGAUCACAGACAUCACGAGUAUUUUUUCAACCGCAACCGCCAUGCUUUUGAUGCUAUUUUAUUUUACUAUCAGUCGUGUGGACGACUUAUUAAACCAGAUCCUGUUCCAGAAGACAUUUUUGCAGAAGAAAUCCGAUUUUUUGGAAUUGAAAGCGAUUUAGUGACGGCAAGAGAAAARCUUGAAAAGGCYUUGUCGGGAAACAGCUCUCACACGGACGUUCUGCCCUCAAAUUCUCUACAGCGCGAGCUUUGGGUUCUUUUCGCAUAUCCAGAUUCGUCGAUUGGCGCUAGAUUUCUUGGAGUCUUCACCGCCAGCGUGAUUUUCUUGUCAAUUCUUAUUCCAUGUAUUGAGUCUCAUUUGUAUGACUUUGAAGAAUCUGUUGGCUCGGUAAAAUCUGCACUAGAUGGUAAUGUCUACGCGUUGCUUGAAAUGUCAUGUUAUAUCUGGUUCACACUAGAACUUAUUAUACGAUUUGUAACGGCGCCAAAAAAGAAGUUGUUUUUCACUCAGUUUCUGAAUUUCAUUGACAUCCUUACAGUUUUUUCAUAUUAUUUUGUCUUGCUAAUUGAAAGAAGCAGGUCAGGAGGUCUGUCAGCGAUGCGAGUGGCCCGGAUUUUACGYAUUUUACGUAUCUUUAAAUUAUCACGUUACUCAAGUGGAAUGCGGAUUUUGUUAUUCACAUUUCUAACAAGUCUUAGAGAGCUGGGAAUGUUUUUAAUGUUUGUGUUAAUGACUGUAUUACUAUCGUCCAGUAUAGCUUAUUACUGUGAAAAUGGACAACCUGAUAGCAAAUUUACAAGCAUUCCCGGGGCUUUCUGGUGGUCAAUCAAUACCGUAACUACAGUAGGUUACGGGGAUCACUACCCCUUAACGACCCAAGGGAAAAUCAUUGGUUCUGUACUAACUGUCAUUGGUGUUCUCGUAGUAGCCCUACCGGUGUUUCUAUUUGUUACGAACUUCAAAAAGAUUUUAUGCACGAAUUCUUCAAUAGUAAGCGAGGAUGACGAUAACACAGACCAGGAAUCCUUCAGGAGACAUAGACUAGGMGUAAAAAGUUUACAUCUUAGUUAAAUAACAUAUUUUUAUUAAAAUAUAUAUAUUUUUAGUGAAUUAUUUAGUUGGAUCCGCGUAACUUGAAACUCAA